AUGGCAGGUGAGACCAAGUCCCCCGCCGCAUCACCAGUUAUCAAGGACCCUGCCUACGUGGAGGUCACGACGCCAGAUGCCGAGCUCGCCCACAUCGACCAAGAAGCCGCAGAGGCGCGCAUGCACGUCCAGCCCACGUACAUCCUGUGGACGAGCGCCAUGCUCGCGUUCGUGCUGCCGCUGCAGUUCGGUUGGUCGACCUCGCAGCUCAACCUUCGCAAGUUCAACAAUGUCGACGACUGCAAUGCUCGGCCAGUAGUGGAAGGCACGUGCAUCAUGUUCCCAGGCCACACCAAGUUCCAGUGGACCAUCGUCGUGAACGCAUGGAUUGUCGGUGGCAUGAUCGGUGCCGGCCUUGUUGGCAAGUUUGCCGAUCGUUUUGGUCGUAAGCAAGUUCUGGUCUACAACUGCGGCUUCAUCGUAGCGGGAGCUGUCAUCAUGGCUUCGGUGUCGAACCUGUGGGUGUUCGCAGUCGGCCGUCUGCUUGCUGGUAUUGCCUCUGGUGCGACGACGGGCAACGUCGGUGGCUACAUCAACGAGAUCUCGCCUCCCCACCUCCGUUCGCUUCUCGGCGCCGUCCUCCACAGUGGCAUCACUGUCGGUAUCCUGCUGGCGGCAACAACGUUCUUCUACAUGGACUUCCACAACGGCUGGCGUUACAUUGCUGCGUUCCCGAUCGUGCUGGCGGCCAUCUUCCUGAGCAUGUCGCCGUUCCUGAUGGUGGAGUCGCCUGUGUGGCUGCUGCUUAAGGGGCGACGCGCUGAGGCCGAGGCUGUGCUCGCCCGUCUGUUCGGUGCUGAGAGCGUGCCCGUGGCUCUGGAGUGGAUCGAGUCAAAGCGUAAGCACGACAUGGAGAUGCAGUCGAGCACGUGGAGCGAGACGGGCAAUGACGUCGUCCGUAGCGGCAAGGGUGUGUCCUUCUCGGAGCUGAUCGCGCCUCCUCUUCGCCGCCAAUUUAUUAUCGCCUUCGGCGUCGCCGUGAUGCAGAAGAUCACGGGUAUCAACACGGUGUUCUACUACUCGUCGGACCUGUUCAACCAGGCCGGUCUGAGCAACGCCCGUGUGAGUGCUGUCAUCAUCGACAUCGUCAACAUGCUGCCGACGUUGGUCUCGGGUUUCUUCGCUGCUCACUUCGGCAACCGUCGCAUGCUGCUGUGGGGCCUGGCCGGCAUGUUCAUCAGCGCUAUCGGCGUGACACUCUCGCUAUCGUUCAGCUGGUCGGCGCUGUCGAUUCUGUUCAUCGCGACAUACGUGGCCUCGUUCGGUGUGAGUCUUGGCCCCCUGAUGUACGUGGUCAUUGCCGACAUCUUCCCCGACUACGCGCGUGCCACCGUCACCUCCAUUUGCGUGCUUACCGCUUGGUCCGCAAACCUGGUCGUGGGCGUAGGCUACCCUUACAUCUCAAGUGCGCUGGAUGACCUGGCGUACGUUCCGUUCGUGGUGCUGCUGGCCAUCUCGUUCGUGUUCGUGUUCUUCCUGCUCCCAGAGACGUCGGGCAAGACCAACGACGAGAUCCAGGAGGAGUUCCGCGCCAUCCGCCAGAACAAGCGCCGCGCGGCUGAGAAUUAG